CGUAUUACGUCAGGCACGUUCUUUCUCGUCCUUUCGCUCAACAUGGCGCCAAUUAAACAGAAGAGGCCGACUGUGGGUAAAAAGUCCAAAAAGGGGGCUGCAUGGAACUUCACCUUGGACCUGACCCACCCGGUGGAGGACGGCAUCCUGGACUCUGCAAACUUUGAAACCUUCCUCAAGGAGAGGAUCAAGGUCAACGGGAAGACGGGGAACCUGGGUAACAUAGUCCAGGUUGGACGGAUGAAGAACAAGAUCAACGUCACGUCUGAGAAGCAGUUUUCCAAAAGGUAUCUGAAGUAUCUGACGAAGAAAUACCUGAAGAAGAACAACCUUCGUGACUGGCUGAGGGUGGUUGCGUCCGACAAACAGACGUACGAGCUGCGUUACUUCCAGAUCAGUCAGGACGAUGAGGAGUCGGAGGCAGACGAGUAAACGGCCCAGAGUUGAAACCAAUAAAUGUAGAAAAAAA